AUGCGGAUAUCUGAACUCUCGGAAACCGUUGGCAACUAUGAGCGCCAGAGAUACCAAGACCAGCAGAAUAUACAGCGUUACAAGGAUCGUGUGAGCCAGCUUGAGCAAGACAACUCAGCCCUGUGUGAGAGGUCAAGGUCAUACGGAGAGGACGAGGGUGGCAACAUGGCGGAGAUCAUCGAGAGAUUGCAACGGGUCAAACUACAACUGAAGAACGCUAACACACAGGCAGACCAUCCUGUGAACAUUGAAGAGUUGCUACUGGAUGGGGUGUGCAGUGAGCACCCUCAGGUUGUGAAAUACCGCGACGAGUUGGAACAAGUCCGUGAAGAGUUUGAGAGAUAUCGGCUCAGAGCUCAGUCAGUGCUGAAAAACAAGAAGGAGCACUCCCCGAACCAGGAGGAGGUGUUGAGGGACCAUGUGACCGAGCUGAGGGAGAAGAUACGAGGGCUGCACGUGCAGCACGAGGAUGAGCUGGCCCACUACAGGCAGAGGGAGGAGAGUCUGAGGAAGUCACUGCUCAAUUUGCAGGACAAACACAAACAGGAGGCCCUCCAACAGACUGCAGAGCACCAGAGUCAGCUGCAGGAGUUGGAGGAGGAGAUGAGACGACAGCGAGACAGGACAGUGUCCUGCUGGCAGAGAAAGAGAGAGAGAUAGAGCUGCUGAGAGCGACCUCCACACAACACAUACAGGCAGUCUACAGGUCCAACCUGGAGAUGGGCGGAGCUUCAUCCGAGCGUCAGACGUCAGAGGAUGAAGCAGUCACACGACUGCUGUCAAUGCCUCCUGGUGGUCAGGGGGAGACUACUCUACUGUUCUUCGCUCAGGAGCAAGG